AUGAACCUGCUCCAGCCCCCCACAGAGGGGAUCUUUGCACACCUUGGGCUUCUCUUCACGCCAAGCUUUGAGUCAGUUGUCCUAGAUCGGCGGCAGGAGGCUCCACGUCGGGGUAAAGACCCAGAUGCGCCAGAGAACGAAGAAGCUGCAAAGGUUGAAAAGUUGCAGAAGUUGCUGACCAAGCAGGUCAUAGACAUAGCCGAAAUGCAAAGUCAUAGUAGACUGGAGGAAAAGGAUGCUCUCAGCCGUGCAAAGCGCCGCCAGGAAGUCAAUAUCAAGAGGGCAGAACUCAUAAAGGAGAAAUUCAAGCAUGUGCACUCAUUCCAGGUGCCAAAGACUCAGGAUCGAGUGGCGGGCGCUCUCAAUGCCGACCCGUCCAAUAAUAGUGCUGCCUCGCCAGGCCGGAUUGAGAUGGACUUCAAGGACGCUCAGUCUCUCGAGGAGCUUGAGGCGAGGAUCCGCGAUAAGCUAAAGGCUAUGCUUAUGCGUUGGUUCUCUACCAAGCUUGCACAGCCAGAGACCUCAAAUGCAGAGCUUCUAGCAGAGAUAUUUGCUCCCACCAUGGCCGCACAUGUUCAUGAGCAAAAUAAAAAAUACAUUAUGAUCAACGAUACCACGGAGGUAUCCGAGUUUAGGUUCGGCAGUGCUGAGUAUAUUGAAGAGCUGCGCAGGCAGCUGACACGCGUAUUUGAUGGUAAAAGGGCGCUAGGGCCUGAGUACCGUGCUAAGAAGAUCAUCCAGUUUUCUAAGGCCACUCUGCAGCAGCUUAAGCUUGCUCCUGCUGGCCAUGAAUGGGAGUAA